AUGGCCCACUUAUUGUUGGCUAUGGAGAAGAAUGGUGAAAUCAAACUCGGUUUUCGCUUUGCUAUAUUGUUUGCUGGAUUUUUGAGCUUGUCAUCUGUUCACGAUUCCUACACAUCUCAAACUUUCGAUAUUCCAUCAUUACAUAUUUUUGGUUCUAGUGAUCAAAUAGUAAUGGCCGAAACUAGUGAGAAAUUGAAAUCGAUGUUCAGUGAUAGUGUAGCGAUAAUUCAUGAUGGAGGCCAUUUUAUUCCAUCAAUGACAAAGUACAAAGAAGUUUUUAAUGAAUUUUUGGAGAGAUUUAUAGGGCACAAGGACUUUUUGAAGAAUGUGAAAUCCGAUCCGGACAAUCAGGUUACCUCCUUCAGAGUUUAUCUGCAUAGGAGGAACAAGUUCAUCCAUGCUUGGUUACGAAUAUCAGCAGAAGAUGUAAUAUUAGAACGAUCUAAAACUGAUGUAGUGGUCUGGCCUUUACAGUAUCUUCGACGUUAUGGUUAUACAUCAGCUGGAGUCUUCUUCUUUGAAAGUGGUCGGCGAUGUCCUACGGGAGAAGGUCUUCACACAUUCCAGAGUCAUAACGCCGAUGCGAUAUUUCAACUGGUUCAGUCGCGAAUUCAAGAUACUGCUAAUACUCACCAUGCAGAAACAAUGCGACGAAACGAGAGAGCUCGAAGUACUGGACCUACAAUGGGAACAGGAGUGUCGUUACGCUGCAUAAACCCUAUACAAAGAUACGGGAGCGAAGGUGCAGGAGUUGGGUCAGAAUACCUAGCUCAACCGUCUGGCUACAAUUCCUAUCAUCGCGGUUCGGCUCAGCGCCUUCGCAAUAUCGUAAUACCUCCGCCGCCGAGGCCAAGAAGUGUUGGCGAAAACGAAUCCCCUUGCUUGCCUCCUGACAGUUUUCAUCCUCAUCGCCACAACACAUUUGUUGACCAGCGUAUCGUUGGAAAUAUAGUUUCGGAGAAUACAAAUCCGUCAGCUGAAGACGAUAUAUCGCGAAGAAGAAGCUCUACGGCCAGUCAAAUAUCGUCACGUGCAGUGUUCUCUGUCCCUUAUGUGAAUAUUUCUCCCCAGGAAGUUUUCAAUGAUGCUCCCCUUCCACCAAGAUCUCAUGCAAUUUCUACGUCAAACAGUCAGGGAAGUCUUCCAGGCACGCCCACGCACACUAAUAUCAAAUAUUUGAGUCUCUUGAAUAGGGACACUGGAGCGGGUUCGACCAAUGUGCUUUGCUACACGAAGCCCAUUUCUCCUCCUGUGGUGCCUGUAAGUAACGACAACUCGUUAGCAGUUGAUGUGUCGCAGAUUCCUGGCAGAUAUGUCAAUAUCACAGAGGCUGGUGGACGACCGCUGAUGGAACGUGAUGGUACGAAUUCCCCUCGUCCACUAAACUAUGCAGAAGUUGGUGUAGGUUCGGAGCCGGAAAGGGUUCCAAGCAGAUGUUCUUCUGUUGGUCAACGCGCUGAUAUAGAAAAUGGUGCAGUGAACUAUACACUAAUUGAUGCUGAACGAACCCAAGCUCUCCAAGCAGCGAAUGGAGAGCGUAGACGUAAUCCCACGGGGCACUGA